AACGGACACAUUUAGAAGACGGACGUAAUUGAGAGACGGACCAAAACAGGAAAUGGCGGAAAAUGAACCCCGGUGUUGACGUUAGUUUGGUUUUAUCGUCUGUCUGAGUGAACACCGGGUCUGAUGCUGAGCUAAUAUAUCCCAAGAUGUGGAGGAAAGGCUCGUCUCACAGCUCCGACCGGUUUGAGUAUCUACAGACUCUGGUCACUGAGUUCCAGGACACCGACAGUGAAGAGGCCAAGGAGCAGGUGCUGGCUAACCUGGCCAACUUUGCAUACGACCCGCAGAACAUGGAGUAUCUGAGAGAGCUGCAGGUCCCCGACCUCUUCCUGGACAUGCUCACCGAGGAGAAUGAAAACUUCGUGGAGUUCGGGAUGGGGGGGCUGUGUAACCUUAGUAUGGACCCUGAAUGCCGAGACCUUAUCCUGCGGAGCAGCGGGAUCAGCUUGGUCACAAAUUGUCUGUCGAGCCAGAGGGAGGAGACUGUCCUGUCGGCCAUCACCACGCUAAUGAACCUCACGAUGCCCUCGUCCCGCUCUGAGAUCGCUGGUCCGGCCAUCGUGCAGUGCAUGCUGCGCUUCUCCCUCUCAGAGAGCCCCCGCCUGCGCAGCCUGGCCGCUGUGUUUCUGCAGGACUGCUGCACCAAGGACCAGGUGGCCCGGGCGGAGCAGCAGAUGCAGGGACAGCAGACUGCAGUCGGCAUCCCGCUGCCCAAAGAAUAAGUUACAGCUGGCGUAUGUGGGAGUUUUGUAUAUAAGUGGAUACGUUUGCUCUCUAUGAGAGUAUGAGACCUUUUUUUUUUUUUU